GAAAGUGAAAGUGAGGAUGAUGGUCUUGACAUGGGUGAUGAUGAUGAUGUUGAGGAACUUGAAAAUGAAUCAGAGGCUGUUAGGAAAGAACCAACCAUUGAGAAACCUGCUCCUGUUUCAGCACCACCCAAAGAUGCUGAAAGGCAACUGUCAAAGAAGGAGCUUAAGAAAAAGGAAAUGGCAGAGCUGGAUGCACUUCUACAUGAAAUGGGCAUUGCAAAUAAAGAUAGUAAUACUGCACAAAAUGAGACAGCUAUGUUAAAAACUACAAGUAAAGUUUACCUACCCUGUUAUGACUUCAGAAGAACAUGGUUCCGUGAAAGCCCCAAAUUUCCAUUCUCUACCAAGAAUGCUGGUAACGAUCUAGAGCCAAAAUCUUCAGUCGAAGAGCUUGACAAUAGGGUUCUCGAGCUUGGAUUUAGAGGAAGCCAGCUACCGAUCAUGCCGCUGUCAUUUUCCAUCUCAACCAUUAUCUAUUCAGCUUUCAUCCUGAUUCAACUGAAAUUGGGGCGAUGA